UUUUCCAUGGACACGUCAAAUCCAGAAAAUUGGAGUUUAUGGAAGCAACGAUUUGAUAUUUAUGCAACGGCUAUAGAUUUACCUGCAAAAAGUAUUCUACAGCAGCAAGCCAUACUGCUCCAUAUUAUCAGAGAGAAAGGCUUAGAAAUAUACAAUAAUUUCCAUUUAGAGGAAAAUGCCACAAAUUUGACAGUGGAUGAAAUCUUAGCUAAAUUCAUGGACCAUUUCCAGCCAUAUAAGAACACUAUCUAUAGUAGAUAUGUAUUUUUCUCGCUUGUACAGAAGUCAGGACAAACUGUAGACGAAUUUGUAACAGAGCUUCGUACAAAAGCUCAAGGAUGCGAUUUUGGCACCCUAACAGAAUCUCUUAUAAGAGGCAGAAUUGUCUUAGGCACACAAGAUGAUAGUAUCAGACAAAAAAUGCUGCAAGAUCCAACAUUAACAUUGGCCAAAGCAAUAGACAUGGCAAGAGCGUCUGAACUAUUUAAGCACCAAUUAUCUAAAAUCAGGGCAACAGAAAUAACAGUGAACAAGGUGAAAAGUCAGUUUCCAAGACAAAAAGAUAAACCGAAAAAAAUCGAAUACGUGUAUGACAAAUAAAA